AUUUUAAUGAUUAUCAGUAAUAGUUUAUAUUAUUUUGUGAUAUAUUAGAAAUUUAAAACUUUGUUUUUUACUUUUUUUAACUAAAUUAUUAUUUUAUUUACUUUUAUUAUUUAUUAUUAAUAUAAUAAAUUAGUAAAUAAUAAUAUGGGAGGCUGUACAGCAAUCAACUGUCAUAAUAGUGACAAGAAACAUUUUCGGAUGUUUAAUUAUCCUACAGAUAAAGAGAGGCAAAAGAGAUGGGUACUGAAUACUCGCAGAGAUAAAUUCGUUCCUACAAAAAGUUCUCAACUACGUGAAAUCCAUUUUGAACCAAGUCAAUUUGAAAAAAAUUGUGCUGAUGGUUGGAAGAAAUUAAAACCAAAUGCUGUUCCAACAUUGUUUAAUAUCCUGAAUCCUCCACCACGAUUUGACACAAACAGACAAUCCAAGUAUAAAGAUUCUAAUGGUAUACUUAAAAGUGAGGAUAUUCCUGCAUUAGAAAACAAUAGUGAGCCCUGUGAGUCUAUUUCAGAAGAAUUACCAGUAAGUAUAGCUAGUAUAGUAAGUAUUGCCUAAUAAUUUUUAGAUCCUAAUUAAAGCAAAACAUGUACUUAUUUUUUUUAUAAUGAUAUAUUUUAUCAAUAUUUGAAUAUAACACUUAAUAAUUCUUGUUUUAUUUUUUAUCAUACUAUGCUUAAUAACAUCUUGAAUAUCGAUGAGGAAAAUAUCGUCUUAGAAGAAUAUCCCAAAUACCUAGGCCUGAAAUUUGAUAGGACCCUAACAUACAACCUACAUCUAGAGGGAGUGAAAAAUAAACUAAAAACAUGCAGCAACAUUAUUGGCUAUGGUUAAGUUAGCUAGCACCUAGCAUCAUCUGGGGACCAACAUCUGAAAAAUGGCUUGAAGAACUUAAUAUACAUUUUUGAUUUAUAUUGUAAUAAGUAUUGAUGUUAUUAUAAUUUAUUAUACCUACUAUAACCUAUUUAGUAUUUACCUAUAUUUUAUAUAUCUUAUUACUUGUUUAAUUAGUUAACUAUUUAUCUUAAUUAUUAUCAUAUCUAUUUAUUUGUUUAAUUUUACUAAUUUUAACACUUCUCAUGUUAUUUUAAAAUAAGCCGAAUAAUAUGUCAUAUGCAAAUAUAAAUAUAAUUUAAUAUAAUACA